AUGGCAGGCAAUCAACUUCCACGUCACGUUCGCGUUACUGACGCAGUCCACAGAUUAGCAGUGUUGGGACUAGUGGGUUUCUGCGUGGUUGGCACGGGGAGCAUCGUGUUCAACGUAUGGGCCAACUCGGACUAUGCGCCUUGGAACAAGGAGAAACUCAAAUUCGAGCAGGAGCAGUAUCACGAGGCGAGACAAGCGGAUAAAUCUAAACCUGAAUGA